CUAGGAAAUGUAGUACUCUGAGCCGCGGGGCUGCCAACACUUUUGACGGAAGACGGAAAGUGCGCCGCCAGAGGCUGGACCGAGACAAGGAUUCUGCACAUCCCCAAUUUUGUGUGCGGUCGGUGAAAGGGUCUAGGCCAUCUGUACCUCUCCAAGCAAGGUGCUGGCCACGGUCCAAGGCUGGCGAGCUGCUCGUAGGUCCCUGACGGGAAAGUGCCAACCGCUUGGGGUCGAGCUCGUACCCGCCCCACCCAGGCUGCGGCCGCUCGGGGAGGAAGCGCGUCCAGGCCGAGUGCAAAAGUUUCCUUUUCUGCUUUCCAGUCAGAGAAGCUUCAACUAACCGAGGGUGGGGAUGCCUGACUUCAGUUGGAAGAGAACCCGGGAGCCAAAGGGGUUAAAAUAAGCGACUUCCCGGAAAAACAAACAAAAACCUCUCCCCACCACUAGCCAUGGGCAGCCGAGAUCACCUGUUUAAAGUGCUGGUGGUGGGGGACGCCGCCGUGGGCAAGACGUCUCUGGUCCAGCGCUACUCCCAGGACAGCUUCAGCAAGCACUACAAGUCCACUGUGGGAGUGGAUUUUGCUCUGAAGGUUCUCCAGUGGUCUGACUCAGAGAUGGUGCGGCUACAGCUCUGGGAUAUUGCAGGGCAGGAACGUUUCACAUCCAUGACACGACUCUACUAUCGAGAUGCUUCUGCCUGUGUCAUCAUGUUUGACGUCACCAAUGCCACUACUUUCAGCAACAGCCAAAGAUGGAAACAGGAUCUGGACAGCAAACUCACACUGCCCGGUGGGGAGCCAGUGCCCUGCCUGCUCUUGGCCAACAAGAGUGAUCUCUCCCCUUGGGCAGUGACCCGGGACCAGAUUGACCGGUUCAGUAAAGAGAACGGUUUCACGGGUUGGACAGAAACAUCAGUCAAGGAGAACAAAAAUAUUAAUGAGGCCAUGAGAGUCCUCGUUGAAAAGAUGAUGAACAAUUCCAGAGAAGAUGUAAUGUCUUUGUCCACCCAAGGGAACUACAUCAGUCUCCAGACCAAGGCCUCCUCUGGCUGGACGUGCUGCUAGCUCUGUUCGACUCCUUUUCCAUCUGGGUCUCUGCGUCAUUCCAUCUCUUCCUGUUGGUUGAACAUAAAAAUGUCCUGUUGAGAAUAUUUGACCCAGCCGGGCGGUGGUGGCGCACGCCUGUAGUCCCAGCACUCUGGGAGGCAGAGGCACGUGGAUUUCUGAGUUCGAGGCCAGCCUGGUCUACAGAGUGAGUUCCAGGACAGCCAGGGCUAUACAGAGAAACCAUGUCUCGAAAAAAACAAAAAUCAAAAAAAAAAAAAAAAAAAAGAGAAUAUUUGACCUGUCUCUUGCCAGUUGCCUGGAAAGGAGCCCUACUGUGACUUGGGAAUGGCUACCUGGGACCUGUGUGCAUUUGUGUUGUUCCCAGGUGUUGUCUGUGACUUGCUGAUGCCCCAUGUACUAUAGUUAGUGUUUCCUGUGUGACAAUGAGCACCUCAUUCCUCAACUAUAAGAUGAGUUUUGGGGAAGGAAUAAAAACUAUCACUUGUG